UGUAACGUCAUGGUUGGCAUGUUUCCGCCGUUUGGCACGCGUCCACGUCAUCCAUAAAACGUGCCGGUGCUCUGCCGCGUCAAACAUCGAAUAAAAGCACACCCCGCGGACAAUCUGACACUCUACACCUCCUAAGAGAAUCUUGAAGGACGUUUCGCUACCGUUGUGACACAAUCAUACGAAGAUGAAGUCAAUGAUUUUCCAGCUCGGUCGCAGUCUGAGGAGCUCCGCGCCCCUCAGCACGCUCCGCGGCGUCCAUUCGGCGGCGCGUCCCGCCCCCACUCGCAAGGCGGAACAGCCACUUACCCCCGAGGAGAUCUACGCCCGCGAGGAAAAGCAUGGUGCGCACAACUAUCAUCCCCUGCCUGUGGCGCUGCAGAGGGGAGAGGGAGUCUACGUAUGGGAUGUUGAAGGUAGCCGCUACUACGACUUCCUGAGCGCCUACAGUGCUGUCAACCAGGGCCACUGCCACCCAAAGAUCGUCGCCGCACUCACCGCACAAGCGUCCAAACUGACGCUGACCUCCCGUGCCUUCUACAACGACAUGCUGGGCGCUUACGCAGAGUUCGUCACCACCUUGUUCGGCUAUGACAAGGUCUUACCCAUGAACACAGGUGUGGAAGGCGGUGAGACGGCAUGCAAGUUGGCUCGUAAGUGGGCUUACAACGUGAAGGGGGUCCCCAAGAACAAAGCCAAGAUCGUCUUUGCAGAUGGCAACUUCUGGGGCCGCACCAUGGCAGCCAUAUCCAGCUCCACAGAUCCCAGCAGCUACGAAGGCUUCGGCCCCUUCAUGCCUGGCUUUGAGCUGGUCCCGUUUAACGACAUUCCGGCACUUGAGAAAGCCCUCCAGGAUCCAGAUGUCGCAGCUUUCAUGGUGGAGCCCAUCCAGGGCGAGGCGGGCGUGGUGGUACCUGACAAUGGGUACCUAACCCAGAUCAGAGAGCUGUGCACGCGCCACAACGUGCUGUGGAUCGCCGACGAAGUGCAAACGGGUCUGGCGAGAACCGGGAGGCGUCUGGCAGUGGACCACGAGGAAGCACGUCCAGAUAUUGUCAUCUUAGGAAAAGCACUCUCGGGAGGAGUUUACCCUGUGUCAGCUGUGUUGUGCGACGAUGAGGUCAUGCUGACCAUCAAGCCGGGCGAGCAUGGGUCCACGUAUGGAGGGAACCCCAUCGCUUGUCAGGUGGCCAUCGCUGCUCUUCAGGUGAUGGAGGAGGAGAAGCUGGCAGAAAACGCCGAACGCAUGGGCCAACUGUUGCGCUCGGAGCUGAGGAAUUUGCCUUCCGAUAUUGUGACGACAGUGCGCGGCAAGGGCCUGCUCAACGCCAUCAUCAUCAAAGAAACUGAAGACUGUGACGCGUGGAAGGUGUGCCUGCGCCUGCGCGACAACGGUCUGCUAGCAAAGCCCACGCACGGCGAUAUCAUCCGUCUGGCUCCGCCCCUUACCAUCAACGAGCCCCAGCUGAGAGAGUGCAUCGACAUCAUCCACAAAACCAUCUCGUCCUUCUAAAAGUACACAUAUCAAAGUAAUCAUUUUGGUUUUAGGUGAAACUUUGAAACACGCUCCUUCCGAUUUAAUUUGGACUUUUAGAUGGGCAUUGUUCUUGUAUAUAGUUCACUUGCUAUGAGGGCGGGACAUUAAGAUCCUUCCGCUGUUACAAUUCUUCAUUAUAUUUAAUAUUUUGAUUUGUUAGGAUGCGGUUUGAUACUAGUUUAAAUGCAUUGUUUUCAAUUUGGUAAAAAAUACAAAUACAGAAAUGUGGAAUUUUGACAGGAAACGAUGCCAAGUUAGUUGAGCUGUACAGGUAUGAAAAGGAAAGGAAGGCUAGCGCAACAAAUUGUGCCACACAUAGCAGAAAUUAACAUAACGCUCCUAUGCUGCUCUGUAAUGUCCAUGUAAUGCCACAUGAUGGUGAUAAUGGAACACUUUGGCUUAAAGAAAGCGCCUCAACUCAAAAUCAGCACUAAUUUCCCUGCAGAUAGCACUUAAACAGUAAUGUUACUAGCCUAGUUAGAGCACAAAAAUGAUGAAAGAUUAGCUUUUUAAAAGACAAUAGAAAAAUCCAUUAGUGCGAUUUGCAAAUAUCCACACUGUGGGACUAAUAAAAGUAUCGAAACACAGAGGGAACAAACAUGUUUGCAUAGCACUAUUAUAUAGACAUCGGAUUGUCUUUUAAAGCUGGUUUUGGAAUGAAUGUGUUAGCUAAAACAGCAGUCCAACUAAAAGCGGAAAUUUGAAGGGUUUUCUUAUUCGAUAAUGGAGGUUUCACUGAACAAAAUUUUGCAAGAAGUGCACACUAAGAUAUAAAUAUGAAUGUAAAAUGUUACCUUUUGUGUUAAGUUGGCACAAUGUAACAACUGUUACUUGUCAAGCUUCUAACGGGAGUAUUGAAGGUUCCAGCGUAUUGUCUUGUCAAAGACCAGUUUUUGUUACAUGAAAGAAAAUCAGAAAUUCUUCUAAUAAAUUAUUGCAUUAUUUCA